GAUGAAAAUCUCAUGUUCGCAGUUGAAGAUGACAUUAACAAUGUCGACGAUGGUGGUAAUGUCGUCGCCAUAGCGAAACCACCUGUGGCUGCCACACGUUCAACGCUAACGGCUCAUUAUGCAGCAGGCGCAAAGCCUCCAGUUGCCGCACGCACCACACCCGCCUGCAUCGAACAGCGCCUGCCCGCUUUUAAGGCACACAGCGAUAACUCGGCAAAUGUGCAGAUGGUGUUGUUGCAAAAUCAAGUGGAUACACUGCAGUGGCAAUUGAAGCAGGUGGAAACAAGUAAUGAAAUGUAUCGUGCUGUCAUCGAAGAGAUUGCACGCUUCCUUGAUCGUUAUCAAACGCAAAAACAACAACAACGUCAAUUACAACAACAGCAACAAAUAUCACGUUCCAAGAGUCUCUACCAAGUCUACGAUGGCAACAGCACUGGCGAAGGUCAUGAACAAAGCACCAGCAGUGUUGGCGCCUUUGCAGAUAAAUCAAUUGGCACAUCUUCUUCGUGUUUGCGCACGCGCAGCACCAGCAACCUGAUCGUAGACCUCAAGCAAUCAGCCAUACACAAUGGCAAUGCCGCAAAAUCAGGUGGCGCCAACAUGAAGCAUAGCAGUCUGGCCACAGCAGUGGCAGAUAAGCGGAGUUAUGAUGCCAUUAACACAACCAACAACACUGCGUACACAACAUUCAAGGACUUUACCUGGCGCCGUUCACCUAAAAAGUGUGCCGAGUCUAAGGCUCAAGCCGCCGCUGAUGAUCUUGAGGAAAAACUCAACCAGGAAGCUUUUCGUCUCUCGCGCACCAUACACAAUCUGCUCAACACCUCUACACGUCAACCGGAUUUAACGCAGCAUCGUAAUGGCGUGUCGGCAUGCAACAAUACACUACACACGAAAGUAGCGAAACCCGCAACAAUACCGACAACACACAUUACACCUGCUCAAAACAAUGCGAGCAACAAAGUUAAUGCCACAGCUGCUGCGGACAAGCACAACAGCCGCACCGUCCCAGCCGCCACCAACUCGCUUGCCAAUGCCACUGCGGAUAUGCUCUUCCUGCGCGCGAACAACAUACGCGACUCGCGCCUAUCGUUGCGUAGUUCCACUGAUAGCUCUGUACAUUCCACCACCUCCAAUUCGUCUGUGGUAUCCACCUCCUCCUCUUCAGCAGCAUCGACUUCAUCGGGCAAGGUGGAAACGGACGAAGAUGUAACGCUACAUCAUCCCUUCCAUCCGAUUGUGCUGCCAUUCAAACAGCACCAACAUCCGCUCAGCUCAGCCACCGAAGACGAAAGUGGCUUCAGUUCGAUUAGCUCAUUUCAGGAUAUCGGAUUACCGCUGUGCUCCACAAUGAUUUCGAACGGCACAUCCACACCGAAUCGUUUAUCGUUGGCGAGCGUUAAAUUGGACACAGCCAGCUUGGGUAAUGGCAACGCUGCGCCCACUGCUGGGCUGUGUGGUGGCGAACCGCGCGAAUAUGCGUGCGAUAGUCGUAAUUCAACCUUGAAAGCCAAUCAUCCCGGCAAUGUGCUGGGCGUACCACUGCAAGCCACACACGACAUGCAACACCGUUGGGAUACAACAACGAAAACCAGUUAUCGCAACGCCAACAAGUAUCAACGUUUCUCUACGCUCUCCAACGAGGAAGCGUCCGCAGUACUUUGGGUGUAGGAACGCGCAAAUCGGCCUCAAUUCUACUUAGUGCAUUUAAUUUAUUAAAUGUUUCUUCUAGUAAA